CGAUGAGGACCUUUAAGUAUGUCUUAACUCGGCCAAGUCAGUUGGCAUCCCGCCGCCCCGAGCAAAAUGACGCUUUCAUUUUCGAGCGUUUCGUUUCCCGCAGCAAUCUCGCGGCCGAGCAUCACGAUCGACGCGUCGUAACAACGGCGACCUCGUCGUUGUCGUCGUUGUCGUCGUCGUCGUCGUCGUCGCCGCCGCCGCCGCCGCUGUAGUAGUAUCUUUAAACCAUCUGGAAAAACUGUGAACUCUUCAGAGUUACGUGCAUGUGCGCUCAUCAUAACGCGAAACUCAACAGUGUGUAUAUACGUAUACGUAUUUUUCCUCUGUCCUCUCUCUUUCUUUCUCUCUCCCUCUCUCUUGCACGCACGCACUUACGCACGCGAACAGGAUCAGGUAUCGUCGGAAAGCUCUGGAAACGCAGGAGGAACUCUUGCCAAGUUGUUUGUCCGGUGAGAUAAAAAUUCGUCCGAGAGGAAGUUGCGCGAGAGUGUGAGCGGAAAUGGAGCGAUUCGAGGUAUCAGGUGAGAUUUAAACGGGGCGUCGCGCCGCCACGAUCCGAGACGGGAUGCCCGCGUUGCGAAAGCGACCGGCGAUAUAAAUACGCGGAGGAGAGACGCUUUAAAAAAUUAAAAAGCCCGCCUUCUCAUCUCGCGAGGGCGGAGGACUUGGCAAUGAAAUCGUAUUGAUUGUCAUGCCGGCGUGAGGAAGAGGAAAAAGGCGCGCAGAGAGCGAGGAAAAAUGUUAAGUGUGGACGCGGAGCAGCAGGGCGCGAACAACGGCGUGAUAGUGUCGCAGCUCGCGAAUUCGCACGCGCCGCAGGACUUCACGGUCUCGCGCCUGUUGUCCACGCCGACGCACUCCUUAGAUUGUAACGAAGCCAGCUCUGCUGCUGGAAACAGGAGACCCAGAAGGAGCAGAACGACCUUCUCGGCGCAACAGUUGGCCGCGUUGGAAAGGGUAUUUGAGAAGACGCAUUAUCCUGACGCGUUCGUUCGCGAGGAGCUUGCAACUAGGGUAUCUUUAACGGAAGCCAGAGUGCAGGUGUGGUUCCAGAACAGGCGGGCCAAGUUCCGGCGGAACGAGAGGAGCUCAGCCCUGAGCCGCGGUGUCUCCGCCAGCAGGGAGAUGGAGACCGCGUUACCGCUGCGGCCGAUCCGGCUGCCACACUCGCAGCAUGCCGAGAACAACGCGACGGAGCAGCCGUCUCAGCCUCCUCCUCCUCCACAGCCGCAGCCACCGCCGCCGCCGUCGUCGGCGAACGCGGCAACGACGGCCGCCCUGACGACCCAAUACCCUUACGGCGACUACUGGAGAGCGGCGACGACGACGCAGCAUUACGCGGUGCAGAGCGCGAAUAGCGGCUGCCACGGCUUCGCCAACGGCGGUCUGGCGAACGUGAGCCUGCCGCCGCCAUACCAUCACCAUCAUCACCAUCAUCAUCAUCAGGCUGAUCAUAUCCACAGCUCGCCGCUCGACGGACCCACCGUGAACAGCCUAAGCGCUCUGAGACUGCGGGCGCAUCCUUACAGUGCGACCUACCCGCCGAUGCACGCGAGCAUGUGAUGAUCGUCGCGCACGAUCGAGAAUUCUCGG